UUAAACAGGUCAAUGAGAACUGAAAUUCUACCUGAGCCGGGCUAUUCAUAUUCUACCACAUGUGGGUUUUCAUGAUCAAAUGGGUUUUCUUUUAAUAUCUCCCAUUUACACCAGGAUUUAAACGACUCUGAAAAGCACGCAGGCUGGAGUUUUUCAUCAGAAGUAGGAAUGCUUCUCAACGAAACCAGAAAUAACAUUUUACAUAACUUGUCAAGGACUUGUUGAAUAUCUGUGAAGUGAGCCAGGGUUUUAGGGAGGGACACGGGUGAUGAAGAUAGAUUGAGUCCUUGAUGAUCCCUUUCUGUACUUCUCCACAGGUAUGUCCGGCCUUAUGACUCAGAGAGUGGAUGAACUAUUUGCAGCCCUGCUGCAAAAUGCGCCGGUAACAACUACCGUGAUUCGAGAGGCGAAGCAAGAGUAUGACAGAUUACGGGUAAGUUCGUUAUGACGGCAAUACAUUAUCCAGCCAGAUCCUAGCCACUCUCCUCUGUCUGUAAAACAGGGAUGUUAAUUGUGCAUUAGGUAAACAUGGAAAUUAGAUUAAAAGGAAGUGGCUGUUUCGGGUGAGCGGCGCCUUACACCAGCUCAGAUAACAAAAUGUCCCCACUGUAACAAGGACAUUCCCCAUGAGAAACAAAACCAGGUCAGGUCUGAAAACGAGGUUACACAACUACGACAGGAACUUCAGCUCAAAAUCAGCAUGUGUCAAGACCUGGAGGAAAAGAUACACAGAAUGCAAGCCACGCAAAGGGGGAGUAACUCCAGUCUGGGAGGGGACCCGGCCCUACAGGUGGCCGAGAUGUAUUCCAGGCUGUUCGCCGACCAAUGGCUGCAAGCGUACGAGUUCAUGGACAAUAACCUGAACCAGAGGGAGGACAAAGUGCUUGACGUUCUCCAGAGAAUUCUCAGGGCGGCAUAUGAAUUUUGUAAAGACAUUUCUGAUGCACAAAUGAAAAACAUGGAGGGAGAAAUAUACUGUCCUUUAUCAACAUGGACAGAGGACAGACGACUGGAGUUUGCCGUCACACCGCGAUCUAAAACCUCGUCUACCAUCAGCGACCUGGCACGGCAGUAUCGAGACAUGGCGUCAUCAGAGUGUGUGCCCAUAUUACAGGAGACCUUUCUGAAGGAGGUGCUCCCCGAGUUCCUGGACCUCCACUACGUGGCUGAGCCUGCAGUGGUCCAGUACACGCGCAGGUGUGUGGAGGUCACAUGGUACAUGUGCAUGCAAUCCAAGCCCAUGCACCUUGUUACCAAGGUUAUAAGGAAAUCAACCUUUGACACCAACCUCUUCAGCUACUACACUAUCGCAGGAGACAAAUUUGACUUUGUGGUGUGGCCAGCAGUUGUUCAAGGUGAAAAUGAGAGAAUCAUUGCAAAAGGUGUUGCACAAGCAAUGGACAAUAACCGAUCUCACUCCAGCCUGAAGACCUCCAUCCAGUCGCAAAGAAUGGAGAAGACUCCAUCCACCCAGGACAAUGCCUCAGCCAGGCAGGGGCCGGUCUCUCCCGCAGGGUCCCUCAUCAACCAGGGCCUGAGGGGAACCCCCUGGGGGUCACAAUACCUGGGCUCCAACAGAGGAACCCCUUCUGUGGACCUCCCCCCAACACCUACUGAGGACCCUCCCCCUUCAAGUUCACAGGGGGUCAAGAAAAAAACACCAUCAAGAGUUAGUUUGAUUGAUAAAGACCCCACAGAGCCUGCAAAAUCAAGGCAAGAGAAGGCCAGAACGACCCCCCUCAACCAGGACCCCCAGCCUAGUAAGAGUCGGAGGACAUCAGUGGACAAACAAGGAGGAUCAACAGAGGGGAACCCAAAGAGUCCCCAGGCUGUACCGGACAGCACCGUCCCCCAGUCUGUCAGGGGACCCACCCACAGGGACACCCGAUACAGUCCACCCAUGGAGACAGCCUCACUGACCACUGCCUGGAAGGAGUCCCGAGCCCAGCCAGUCAGCCGGCCCAGCAAGGCCUAGAGAAGGCCAAGCAAGGUGUAGCACACUCCUCCAUGGACAAAAAACAAUCAAGCUUAUGGGGAAGACAAGAGAACAAGAAUAUGUGCGUGCAUUUUUGCUCUUCUUAGCAACUUCUGGACAUUGACAAAUGUGAAUAGACCAUAUUGUGUAUUUGAGCACACUGUGAACAAUUGGAGGAGUUCAGAGGGGGUAUUCAAUGAUCAUAUUUGAUAUGGAUUAAAUUGAUUAAUGUCAGAAUGAAUUUAGGGGUUGUGAUAAUACUACAAGUUGAUUUAAUUUGAUUGAUGCAGUAGUUGCUAUAAAGGAACUGGAAAUGGUUUAAUUUACAUCCCUUACUUUUGUAUUGUAUGUACCCAAUAUGUUAUAGUUUCAACACAUAAAAAUUAAAUUUGUUAAUCAAAUACAAAGGGCAUACUCUGGCCUUAUUGAAAGUUGUUGUUGAAGUGCAACUUCUAAUAACUUCAUGUACGGUAUUAAUAGGAUCACUAGCCACAAAUUUACGUAUCCCUGAAACUGUGAUAUUUACUUAUUCCACAAAAAUUCAUGCCCAUGAAUAUUCAUGAGACCAGAGCACCAGUACAUGUGAUGUUCAGUUGAACUGCAUGCAAGGUACAGCUGCUGUGUUGACCAAUCCACUUUAAACUAUACAUUUAUGCAUUUGUUUCAUCAGUAUUAUAUCAUGUUGUUUUUCAUACAUUAAAUUUUUUAUCAUUUUGAA